AUGACUCAGGUACCUGCUAACUAUCUGUCAACCACCAGCUCCUACAAGUAUGAGCAGCCCCUUCCCUCUGUGGCUCAGACAAGCACAGUCACCAAGGUAUCUCCAGCCAAAAAAAUAACCUUCUUCAAGAGUGGAGAUCCUCAGUUUGCAGGAGUCAAGAUGGCCAUCAACCAGCGAAGCUUCAAGAGUUUCAAUGCACUCAUGGAUGACCUCUCUCAUCGAGUCCCACUGCCAUUUGGGGUACGGACCAUCACCACCCCACGAGGAAUACAUUGCAUCAGUGAGCUAGACCAGCUGGAGGAUGGAGGAUGCUACCUUUGCUCUGACAAAAAAUAUGUCAAGCCUAUUACCAUUACUUCUGGGGGACACAGGCCAGGCCCUCCACGAAAUAGUCGUCCCUCCAGUAGCUUGAGAAGAGCAGCUCAGGAGGGCAAGCUUGAAGAUUAUUCCACACCUUUCACUCAUCAUGGCCCCAGAAUACCCAAGAAAAUCACUCUAGUUAAGAAUGGAGAAAGUGGGUUUCGGCGCUCAAUUAUCUUGAACCGUAGAAAUGCCAGGAGUUUCAAAACACUCCUGGAUGAGAUUUCAGAGAUCCUGCAGUUCCCUGUGAAGAAGCUCUACACUGCUGAUGGGAAGAAGAUCGACAGCAUGCAGGCUCUGCUUCACUGCCCCAGCGUGCUGGUGUGUGUUGGCCGGGAGCCAUUUAAACCUGUAUCGGUGGAGAAUUUGAGGAAACACUCGGUGGAGAAGCUGCCCGACCUGGGUCCCCGUUCCAACAGCAACAAUGUCAACCAAAACAAUGAAAUGAACUUUGAAUUGAAAGCCAAAAAAAGUGUUAUCCAUCCACGGUCAUCAUCAAGCAAUAGAUCAAUGAGGUUUUCUUUAUCAUCAGAAAAGUCAUAUCCUAAUGGUCUCGCUGCCUCACCAGACAACGGCGCACCUUUCUCAAACAGUUGCGCGCGUCCAAAACCUGGGGACCUGGUCCAUUCCUUGGUCAAUGACGACAUAGAAAAACGAGUGCAUGUGAACAAGGAUGGUAGCCUGUCCGUUGAGAUGAAAGUUCGCUUCCGCUUGCUAAAUGAUGAGACUCUGCAAUGGUCUACCCAGAUCAAAAAGUCCAAUGUGAUGAACCAGAUGCCUUGUGAAGAGUCAGGUGUAGAGGAGGACAGUGGAGUAGACCCCAUACAGAAAAUGAACCCAGGAGCCAGCUCAGAGGCAGAUGAGUCAUUAUAUUCCUGUGAUAUUGAUUCUUACAUGUCAAAACUUGAGGAAUCAGAAUGUAAUGAGGCUCAUUGUCAUAGCUGUGGCAAAAAACACCAGGACUACGACAUCUGGAAAAAUCCCAUGCACACAUCCCAGAGGGAAGAGCCCAGUGUACGAAGCACCUGGCACACACGGUCGUCAUGCUCCAACACAUCUUCCCGCAGGAGAGUAGUCCACAAAAAAAUGGCUUCUGUGGAUAGCCUCCACACCACAUCCAGUGAGGAAUUCUCUGAGCACAUUGUGCAAGAGUCCUCAUCCUACUCAGAGACUAUAGAGAACAGAAUGGCAUAUCGAUCCAUUAAAAAGUGUAUGUGUCGAAGUGAUUUGUCUACAGGUGCUUCCAAUGGGGAAGACCAGCAAGAAUACACGCAGACUAGCACGAGCAAUAGUCAGAGACCUUCAUCCUUGGGCUUAAUGUCACUUUCAAGCUGUGAAAACAACCUGGAUACUCAAGACACCCCUGAAGACCAUGAGGCCAGCAAAACCAUUUCACAAAAUGAAGAUGAAAAUGGUUUUGAAGUUUCCUCUGUGAAGUGCUUAAAGGAUAGUGUGGAAGAGGUUGAAAGCAGCAGAGUUGGGAGUGUCAUGUCAAGGUCAUCCCUGCAGUCCAGACAGAGCAAGAAGAAUGCAUGUGAAGAAACAAGUAGUGUGGGUAGGAGCAUGUCCUCCUCCAGUCUUCAGCAGGCAAAACAAGAGGAUAACACUAGGUGCUCCACUCCCUCCAACAGUGUGCACAGCAAGUCUAGUAAUUCUACUACACAAAGAGCAAAGAGCAAACAGGAUGACCACUCUGAUGACAAUGUAGUGGUCUCUUCCUUCUCCAGUGAGUCCUGCCCUAAGAGAGAGGCUGAAGAAGUUGAAGCAGAACAAGAAGAAAAUGAAAUCAAUGAAGUCAGCUCAGUGUCAGCAAAAAUAAAGUCCAGCCAAUCAAUUAGAGAUGAGAGCAGUGAAGGUGAACGAUGCUCUACACAAGGAACCCCCCAUUCCAGAGCUAGUGACAGGAACAGCAAAAGAAGUGACAGCGGUGAAGUCGCUCUAUGCAAUGCCUCUUGCUCUUCCAGAGGAUCCAAAAAGAGCAAACACAGCCAUAUUCAUUUGGAUGCACAGUCUGAAAUGUCUGUGUCUUCACUUGAAUCCACCCCGAAUAAAAAGAAGAAUUCGCUACAUGCAGAUGAUCUGAGAUCAUGCAGCAGGGCAUCUAAUUACUCCAAAAGUUCAUGUGAAAUCAAGAAAAAAUCUCUCAGAGACUCCAUGACUCAUAACUCAGGAUCUUUUCACUCAAACAUUUCAUCUACUAGUGAAGCAGAGGCAAUUGCAUGGUUUACUGAGGAGAAAAGCUUGAAAAGUACCACCAAUGGCUACAGUGAAUCCUCAAAAGGCUCAAAGAAGAAAAGCCAUAGAGAAGAAAAUAGCAAGCCAUCAUCCCUCUGCUCAAGCGUUUCAAGCCCUAAUGGAAAAGCUGGAGAGGGUCAUUCCAGGAUGAAUUCAGAGGCCCCUUCUUCAAGACAUGGAAGUAUGAGUGAGAGCGUAUGUUCAAAAGGUGACCUCUCAACAGAUACUGGGAUUAGGAAUGGAAAUCCUGCAAGUGUCUCUUCAAGAAUCUCCUCAAAGUCAGAAGUAAAAGAUAAAUGCUCAUUGACACAGAUAUCCCAGGAAAGUGAUGAUAUGUGUUCACAGUCAAACAUAUCUCAGUCUUCAAAAUCAAGGCAGAUAAAAACUAGGAAUCUUCGUGUGAAGAUGUCAAAUUCCAGCCGAGCAUCAUUGUCGGAGACUUUGUCAGUAUGUAGUAGACAUUGCCCUGCCCCACCUAAAGGCAAGCCAAACAGCAAAAAAAUACGUUCUACCAUGUUGAAGAAUUCCUCCAUUAGCAGCAUAGGUACUGAGUCAGUGUUGACCACAGGAAAAGAGCAGAAUGAAAUUGUAGAUUCCUCUAAAGCAACUUCCUAUGGGUCUAAAUCAGCUGCAACUGAAAUAAAUGAUCAACAGAAUAAUAAGACUGAUGAUUCUUGCAACAAAAAAUUGAAGGAAGAGUUAGAAGGCACAGGCAUGCAGGACGAAGGGAGUGAUUUGAUGCCAUCUACUCUACCAAAUACAUCUCCAGAAGAAGUUGUGCAAGAAUGGCUAAGUAAAAUCCCUUCAGAAACGUUACUUAUGAAAUAUGAAAUGGAAGAUGAUGCAGAAGAGGAACGUACAGAGAUAACCCCUGAGGUAUCAUGCUGUAUAAAUGCCAAGGAAAUCUCAGAGGAUGAAAAAGCUGAGAAAAAGGAUGUGGAGGAGGCUGAAAAUGAGGCAAAUGUUGAAGUGGGAAUAGAGACAGCAGAAGGCACUACUGUUAAUGAAGAGGCUGAAGAAUGCGUGAGUCAGGAACAAAUCUCUGAGGUUGUGUCUGAAGCUGCCAAAGCUGACCAGGCAGAAUGCAGCCAGUCGGUUACAUCCAGCCAAAAUAACAACAGAAGAGACCUGCCAAAUUGUAUCCAGACUUCUGUCCAAAUCAUGAAGGCCUUGCUCAGUUCAAAACAUGAAACAAAAUUUGACCGAUCAAACAGUUUGCCUGAAGUGUCCCCCACCAUGGGGAGAAAACUGAGUAACUCUGCCAACAUUCUGAUUACUUGUCUUGCCAGUCUCCAGCUCCUUGAUGAAGAGGUAGAAGAUCCAUCAGAUAAAUCAAAACGUUCAAAUAAGCCAAGGUAUAUGGAGCUGCUGAAUAUUUUUCAAGCCUUGUGGUUUGGAAGUGCAGCUGAAAAAAGUAGUCCAAGUUCUGGUCAAGAGGCAAGCAAGCAGGCAAAGACAGCCUCUGGGUUUAAAUUCCCCAAAUCUGUAAAUCAUGACUUCACUCCUAUGUCCUCCUCUGGGGUUGAUGUUGGCAGUGGUUCUGGUGGCUCAGGAGAAGAGAGUGCAGCUGGUGCCAGGGACUGUCCUUUAAUGGCACAGAAAACUGCUGAAUGCAAAUCAGUUGGACAAGUGGACAAUGUAGAGACUGGCACUGAACAGACUGAGGCUGAGAAGCAAAGUAAAGAGGAAGAGCAAUCAUCCCGACCUUCGACAGCCUGCUCAAAAUCAAAAGGUGAAGAUGAAGCACAGUCUAUCAGAGAGGACUCUCUAAUUCAGGAGGCAGAAGAGAAUAAGGAGGAUCAAUGCAGUACCUGUGAAAAUGAAAAUCUUAAAGAGGAAGCUGAUCAACUAGCCACUACUGAUGACACAAACAUCAAUGAUGCUGAUUGUGGGACAGAAUUGAAAACUGAUUUGGAAGAGCAACUUGAAAAAGAGCCUCCAAAUGACCCAAAACCCAAUGUCAAUAUGGCCACCAGUGUGGACACAUCCCUUGUACAAAAAAACUCAGUGGACCCAGACCCAGUCUGGGUCCUGAGGCUGCUCAAGAAAAUCGAGAAGGAGUUCAUGGCUCACUAUGUCAGUGCCAUGAAUGAAUUCAAAGUCAGGUGGAACCUGCAGAACAACCAGCAGAUGGAUGAAAUGAUACUGGAGCUGAAGGAGGAAGUGAGCAAAAGGAUACAAAAAAGCAUAGAGAAGGAGCUGAGGAAGAUCAAAGCCAGAACAGGGAAGAAGACACCAAGACCUCCGGAUGAACCACUCAAGCGUGAGUCAACACUUCAAACUGAGCAGAGGAGACGGCGAUUACAGACUAUGCAUAAAAAGUCACUCUUCAGUGACAAGAAUGGAACCCAGAGUAGGCUAGAGGACACAUCAGACUUCUCAUUUGAUGUAGAAGAUAAAGCACUUAGUGCUGCUUUUGAGGCCAGUAUUAGUAAACAAAUGAAAGAGGAGGAAUAUUGCCCAUGUGACUCUUGUGUCAGGAAAAAAAUGGCUUCCAAACCCACAAGAAACCCAGUGGUGGCCACCAAUGCCCCAGUCAUGAAAGCAUUUGAUUUACAGCAAAUCCUGAGGUUGAAGAAAAAUGAUGAGGAAGCCUGUGUCUCAGAAGCAGCCCAGGGCAUCAAAACAAUUCCCAGCAAUUCUGUGGAUGAAGCAGCAGAAAAUGGCAAUCCAAAUGAGGAGAAUGAUGAGGAUGAACUCCAGCCAGGUGAAACAGAAGUGGAGGGCAAUGAAGAAAAGGAGACAGAAUUAAACAAAGUGGGCAGCUCAGCAUUGACUGAAGAUGGAGAAGGACCUGAAAUAUCAGAGAGUCAAAACUGUGAGACGGAGGAUGAGGAGGAAGAAGAAGCAAAAAAAGAAAAAGAGGGAGGAAAAGAUGAGGAAGAAACAAAAGAAGAGAAGGAGGAAGUAAGUGAGGAAGAGGAAGAACAAGAAGAAGAGACUCAAAAUGAAGAGCAUGAAGAUGAAGAGACAUCCAAAGUUGAAGACGAAGGUGACAAUGAAGCUGAAGAAGCAGAGGGGCCAGAGGAUGAGGACAUUGGGGCUGCUGAUGAGGAAGAGACGCCUGAAUGCAGAGGAGAUGCUGAUGGGUCUGGAACUGACAACACUGUUGAAGGAAAUGCUGUAGAAGAAAGUGAAGGAGAUGCUGUAGAAGGAAGUGAAGAAGCUGAGCAGGAUGAAGAUGAGGCAGUGGAAGAUGCAAAUCUGGAGCCAGGAUAUGAGGCAUGUUCAGCUGAGGAGGAAAACAACAGUGAAGGAGGUGAGAAAUGUGAUGAGAAUGAUGAGGAACCUACCAGCAAUGACCCUGAUAAGGCACAUGAAAAACACGAAGACAAAGGCAACAAGAAUUCUGAGAAAUCAUCAAAGGUCAGAUGCAAAAAAGCCAGCAAAAGGCUAGAUACUCUGAACAAAGCAGCUGCCUUUUCUUGUUAUUCUUCUGUGGGAAACUUCUCACAGCAAUCUCAGAAGGGGUCUGAAGAUGAAGGUGAAGAGGAAUGCAAAUAUGACAACAACCCCAUGAACAACCACCCCAAUGGAGAGGUUCAAAGCGACGAGAGCAGCAGACCCUCACAGAUGUAUCCUGACAGUGAGGAAGAAGAGGACAAAGCAUCUUCAUGCAUUGAUCCUUUAGGAGAUGAGGACCAGGCAGAUGCUGAAAGUGCAGAUCCAAAGGAGGUUGAACAUACUGAUGAAGUUCAGGCUUCUAAAAAGAAAGAAGACUCUGAUGAGAUUAACCAGGAUGACCUGGACUUCUAG